AUGUCGCGGUCGAUCUCGAAGGGACAGCAGCGGACCACCGACGUGGUGAGCGGCAGCCGCAAUGGCUUCCUGACGCUUCCCUCUUCGGGCGGCAGUGGUGGCGGCGGCGGCGGCGGCGGAGGCUCAGCUGCGGACGCGACCAACGCAGCAGGCGCGAAAGGCCAGUUUUACACCGCUGAAGAAUUGCUGCCCUAUUUGACCGAGGAGGAGCAGGCGAACCUACGCCAGGAGGUGCUAGGGACACUCAAUACAGAGCUCCAGCUGAAUACUAAUUUGGAGGUGACGGUGCCGCGGAUGUUGCGCUCGUGCCAGAACGAGUCGCGUGAGCUGCGGCGUGCCAUGAACUCGAUCGCGUCCUCGCAGAUUGUGGAGGCCCAGCGCGCACUGCAGAUUGUGCAGCGUAACUAUAGCAAGGUGCAGCAGCUCCGCGAGCUGUUCCUGAAGCAAGGCGACUUAAUCCAGGGGCUGGGCUCCGACACGUUGAGCUACAAGCACCUCCGCCAGCUGCACUACCUGCGCGACAACGUCAGCUCGGUCAUCAACUGGUCCGACGCGCUCAAGGAGGUCCGCUACGGUAAUUUGUACGUCUUGGUGGAGCAGCGCAACUUCAGGUCCAUGUAUAUUCGCCUGCGCAAGUUGCAGCUCAUUCGCCGCACCGUCAUCACCAAAGCCGGGGCGCGCUACCGCAGCUUCCAGACCGUUUUUGAGCCGUACUUUGAGAAGCUCGAUGUCAUCCUCAGCAUGUUCGUGGGCGAGGUGUUCAAGUUUCUGGAGGAGGACGCAAUGGUGAUUGCGAUUCAAAAAGCGUUAGAAGACGACCCGACGGACGGCACCCGCGCUGGACGGUACACAGGCAUCGGCGGCGUUGGUGGGGGCGGGGCGAAGUCUGGCGCCGUCGACGACGCCCCACCGGACCCAUUUGAGUCACUGCGGCAGUGUGUAGCGGUGUGCGCCAGCGAAGUUGAGAAGCCGACCUUCAACUUCGGCAGCGACGGCGUGGAGACGGAGCCGCAGAUCAGCGAGGACACCAUCUACGACGCGGUGGCGAAGGGUGUGUCGCAGCUGUGGGAGGAGCAAAUCAUGCAGGAUGUGGUGGACCCCUUUCGCCAGAUCUCCGUCUAUUUAGAGCAAAUGAAAAAGAUCGAGCCGCUGCUGGAGGCGUUUGAACUCACGCUGUUUCCUCUCUCCACCAAGUUUUCUCUGUUUAGUCUGGUCGUGCAGGCCGUGCAUGCGGAGGUGAUGAACGUGAUGCACGGCUACGUGGACCCCGAGGCGGAAGUGGAGGCGAACGGGCUGAUCGAAGCCUCCUUGUUUAUUCAAUGGUACAAGGAGAUGAUGACGACAAACAACUUCGCCCAGUACGUGGACGUGUCAACGAUCGACGCGAUGUCGGCAUCCUUCAUGACGGCCGCCGUGGGGGGUUUGUCCGAGCAUCUCACUCGUCUCUGCCGCGCAUGCGCCAUGACGGUGUGCAACGACCCGAAGGGACCGACGAUUUUACCUACUGGGCUCCCCAUCACGACGGGUCCGCUGGACAUGUUCAGCGUGCUACAGCAGUCACUGAGUGGACUGAACACCGCGAUCGACGUGUCCGUGAUGCGGCAGAUCGGCAAGGCCUGCGCGGACUCCAUCUACGCCUAUCUGGACGAGUGCAAGCAACGCAGCGACUUUGACUACUGGGAGGACAUGAACGCCGCGCUGCCGACGCCGGAGGCAGCCGAGGUGUGGCAGCAGCGGCGCAUGCUCCUUCUCUACGCCUUUUGCAACGACUGCACGACGAUCGAGAACAACCUCGACACGAUCGAGCUGAAAUUCGCCUCCUGCUGGGACUACGACAGCCCGGCGGGGCUGGACAACGGCAGCAGAAACACGAAUGGUACUACUGGUGGCGGCGGCGGUGUCGAAGAUGACAACGGACGCGGCGGCGCGGCUGAGGCUGCCGGCGACGCCUUUGCCACGCCCUUUCAACGAGUGCAGGACGCGCUGCCGGUGGACACGUUUUACUACCUCGACGAGAUCGCCGGGCAGGUGGAGCGAGUGGUCGAAGGGCAGUGGGCGAAGGUGUUCCGUCCGGGGGAGUGGUACUCCGACGCGACGAACCCGGUGCAGCUCAUCCUAUCUACCGAGGCCGAAUACAUCGGCGAGGAGUUCGAGACGAUGCUGCAGGAGCAGCGUUCUCGCAAGCUCAUUCGACAAAUGCUCAUCCGCAACGUGGAGAAGUACAUCGGCACGUUGAUGGAGUUCUUGGCGGACCACAUUCGAAACCCCAAGAAGAACCCCCUCGAGAGCUGGCUCAUCUUUGUGGAUUGCUUGCAGCGUGAUAUCGUGCUGACCGUCGACAUGUGGCAGAACCACUUCCCCGACAAGCAGGGCGGUAUCCUCGAUCUGGCGCAGCGAGCACUCGAGCUGUGCAAGGCGCUGCUCACGGUGCGCAAGCCGGUCGACUUUGAGUACCUGCUGCAGGAUAAGCUGCUCGAAGACUUCGACGACUGCCCAACGUUUGUCGUGCGCUUCUGCUUCGAGGCCCGCGCGCUGGAGGUUGACCGCGACACGCGGGAGCGCCUCAUGGCCAUUUGGACAGAGCGCACCGCCUACCAGAAGCGCGACAAGAGGGACAUUAUGGUGGGGCGUGACCCGAAGAAGCCGCCUUCGUUCUUCGGCACCAUCGACCGCAGCAUCGCGGAUCUGGAGAAACACUCUGGAUUCUUUGGUCGCAGCGUCAAGAAGAAGCGUGUGGCGGAGCAGGAGCAGAAGGUGCAGCAGCGCAAGCUCGAAAAGCGGGCUGCUCGCGAGGCGCAGCAGGAGGCCGCCGUGGCAGCCACAAAAAAGCGCGGCGCGAUGGCGGGACCAAAGGUCAAGUCAAACACGGUCGAGGUAGCGUCAUUGGCAGAUAUUCUAAAAUAA